GCCCCGCUCAGGUAUCAGGUGAAACCGGUCAGGAGCGCGGGCGGAGCGGCGGCGGCCGGAGCGUGGUGGGAGGAUGGCUUCGCGCCUGCUGCUGGUGCUGCUGCUCUGUGCUCUGUUGGAAGCUGCCGCCGCUGCUAAAGAGAAUAAUGGAUCCAGCAGAUCAAAAGGAAGAAGUUUCAUUGGCCAGAAGGUUCCAAGUGCAGAUGAUUCUGAAGAGUUAUACAAGGUGGAUGAAUUUGUAGCAGAAGUCCUCACAGGAAAGCUGACUACAGUUUUUCUUCCCAUUGUUUAUAUCUUUGUCUUUAUAAUUGGUUUGCCAAGCAAUGCCAUGGCCCUCUGGGUCUUUUUUUUCCGGACAAAGAAGAAACAUCCAGCUGUGAUUUAUAUGGUUAACUUGGCUUUGGCAGACCUUCUUUUUGUUGUCUGGUUCCCGCUGAAGAUUUCAUACCAUCUAAAUGGCAAUAACUGGCUAUUUGGUGAAGGUCUCUGCAAAGUGUUUGUUGGGUUUUUCUAUGGAAAUAUGUACUGUUCUAUCCUCUUUAUGACAUGUCUCAGUGUACAACGGUAUUGGGUUGUAGUGAACCCCAUAGUAAAUUCAAAAAAGAAAUCAGAAAUUGCUUUGGGUAUCUCCAUUGCUAUCUGGGUUCUGAUUUUCUUGGGCACCAUUCCAUUGUAUCUUGUUAAUCAGACGGCAUAUAUUUCAAAUCUUAACAUCACAACCUGCCAUGAUGUGUUGCCUGAAAAUGUUUUGGCUCAUGAUAUGUUCACUUAUUUUCUCUCACUUGCAACUGGACUCUUCUUAAUCCCAGCUAUCAUCACUGCUUUUGCAUAUGUUCUAAUGAUUAAGACCCUGAGUGCUUCCAUCAUAGAUGUAAGCACUGGGAAGAAACGAAAAAGAGCGAUCAAACUCGUUAUUGUUGUCUUGUCCAUGUAUCUCAUCUGUUUUACACCUAGCAAUGUGCUGAUUAUUGUGCACUAUUCACUCCUCAAAGCCUACAGCCAGAGCCAUCUGUAUGUGUGGUACAUAACUGCGCUGUGUCUUUCCACUUUGAAUAGUUGUAUUGACCCAUUCAUCUAUUAUUAUAUUUCAAAAGACUUCAGAGACAACCUUAAAUAUGCUCUUCUUUGCCGAAGUGUGCGAACUACACAGAGGAUGCAAGUGUCUCUCUCGUCAAGCAGGUACCCCAAGAAAUCAAGUUCUUAUUCAUCAAACUCAAAUAGGACCAAUGAAUCAACCUACUGAGUUUAGUCUUAGAAAAGUGAAGUUCUAUUAUUACUGAGGAAAGGAUGUGAGUGACAAUAGACUUACUUUGUACAACAGAGUCUGAAGAAACACCUCUGCAUUUUAAUUACGCUGAAGCCUGGAAUUUGGAACUGACAGUUUCUUAUUCUGUGUAGAAAUGAUAAGCAGAUAGAUCUUCCUGGGAAACUGGGGGGGAUAAAAAAGACAUUUCAGAUGCUGUGCAAAAAUGCUGCUGACCUAGAAGUGAGUUGUGGCUGAAGACGUUCUUGUUGAGUAUAAAAGUUGCUUGAAAGCAAAAUGUCCCUGGAGCAUUAUGCAGUAUUGUUGGUAUUUUUAAUUACCAGAAAAAUCUGUUUUGUUGAACUGUAACUAAUGUAUUAAGCAUCUGAAUAGAUUGUGUAUAGGACCUUUCUCUGUGUACCUGCUUACACUGAACAUCAUUUGAAGCCGUAGAGAGAAGUAGAGGAGAAUCCAUUUCGCCAUCUUGGAUUAGACUGCUUGUUAUCUUUGGUAUAAUAUAAUUUAUAUAUUGUUUUCCAAGUUACUGUGCUGUAAAUACUAACAUAGCAAAAGCUUAUAAUGUUAUCCUAUUUGAGCUGACAAGCUGAUCUUGUUAUCAGCUAGUACUGGGAUAAAAUGUUAGUUGAGAUUAUCCACUGUUACUUAACAUUUGCCAGUACAUGAUCUUAUAUGGGGAUAUACAACAGAGUUUUGAUGGAUAGCUAUUUGAUUUUAUAAAAUGUGCCUUGUAUUUUUUAAGACAUCUAAAUAAGAUUUUUUUUUUAUAACACA